AUAUAUAUAUAUAUAUAUAUAUAUAUCUGCUGGAUACCAAUAGGUGACAAGGGGUUCCAAGAGAAAAAAAGAAGCAAAGCUUGAGAAAGAUGGCAGAGAUAGCCAGUGGUAGUUUAAUGGUGUUCCACUCCUCCCACAAAGCAACACUGCACACCUGGCCAGUGUCUUCUUUUCCUCCAAACAUUUCUUCUUCAAGACAAAAGCAAAGUGGACAAGUGAGGGCCAUGGCUUCCCCAAUUUCAGCUCCAAAAAGAGAGACAGAUCCAAAGAAGAGGAUUGUGAUAACAGGAAUGGGGCUUGUAUCAGUGCUUGGAAAUGAUGUUGACACAUUCUACAACAAGCUGCUCAAUGGAGAGAGUGGUAUUCGACGAAUUGACAGGUUUGAUGCCUCCGAUUACCCGGUCCAAAUUGCCGGUCAGGUCCCGGAUUUCUCGGCAGAUGGCUUUAUUGAUGGAAACAGAUAUCAGAAUCUUGAUGACUGCUGGAAGUUUUGCCUGUUUGCAGCAAAAACAGCUCUCCAAGAUGCCAAUCUUAGUCCCCAAGUCCUCAAAACUCUGGAUAGGUCUAAAAUGGGAGCGGUGAUGGGAUCGGGAGCAGGUGGCAUCAAAACUCUAUACAAUGCGGUGGAUGCUCUUCUAAAACAAGACUACAGCAAGGUUUUAACCUCGUACUAUCCAAACAAUAUGGGUCCAGCACUUCUAGCCAUAGAAACCGGCUUUACAGGUCCGAUCUACUCCAUCUCAACAGCCUGCGCGAGUUCCAAUUACUGCCUUUACGCUGCGGCAAAUCACAUCAUAAAAGGGGAAGCACAAGUCAUGGUGGCCGGUGGGACGGACUCUGGAGUGAUACCGAGUGGCAUCUGUGGGUUCAUGGCUUGCAAAGCUCUGUCAAGCAGGAAUGACGAGCCCCAAAAGGCUUCGAGGCCGUGGGAUAAAGGCCGUGAUGGUUUUGUCCUGAGUGAAGGCUCUGGUGUACUGGUUAUGGAGAGCUUGGAACAUGCAACCAAGCGAGGAGCAAAUAUCAUAGCAGAAUACCUAGGAGGUGCAAUAUCCUCUGAUGCUCAUCACCUGACCGAUCCUCGCUCUGAUGGAUCUGGAGUUGCAUCCUGCAUAUCCAAGAGCCUGAAGAUUGCCGGAGUAUCUCCAGAAGAGGUGAAUUACGUAAAUGCUCACGCAACGUCCACACGAGUAGGAGAUUUAGCAGAGGUCAGUGCAAUAAAGAAGGUUUUCAAGAACCAGCGAGAACUAAAGAUGAAUGGAACAAAGUCAAUGAUUGGUCAUGCUAUAGGAGCAGCUGGUGCUUUAGAAGCAAUAGCAACAGUAAAAGCAAUCGCUACUGGCUGGCUACAUCCGACUAUAAACCAAUAUAAUUUGGAACCGGAGGUUACAAUUGACACUAUACCGAAUGGCAAGAUAAAGCAUGAUGUCAACGUUGCUAUCUCCAACUCUUUCGGCUUCGGCGGACACAACUCGGCGGUUGUUUUUGCUCCCUUUACACCCUAAGAAGGGUUCAAGACCCUCAUUGAGGAGAAAUGGGACCAGGUUAUGGAUCUGCUCAAGUGGGAAUUACAGAUUACCAGUCCCGGCUCUGAAAAGCUAACUGCAUGUUACAGUGAGAACAGAGCCUAUCAGAGCAAUGGGGGACAUGGUCACCAUCUUCACACCAGAAAGUUUGCUAAUCUAAUACUAGGUAGAAACUGGUAUUGUAAGUUUUGUAGUACAGUUUGUUGGAACUAUUUCAUGAUUUAGGACACCUAUAGUGCCCGAAUCUACCAAAAAACUAAUGCACAUAUAACGCAUAAACCUUAUUGUAAAAUCCUUAUGAAAAAGUAUUUAAAAACUAAAGAACCCGGUUUCCAAUUUAGUAGUACUGGUUGCAUUUUAGUUCUUUCCCUUGAAACUUCAUCUUCCUUUUUGGGGGGAUUCUGUAGAUUAACGACAAACAAAGUUCAGCUUCUAUCAAUGUCAAGGCUUAUCCCUUCUA